AUGCAACUGUUUGAGCUCUUCAGCUGUACCAUCCCAGAAGAUGAGGAUCUCAUCCAGGGGGCCGCUGCUAGUGGUGCAAACGAUGGAGCUGCCAGCGUUCCCGCUGCUGUCCCUGCGUGUGUCAGCCGCACACUCGACCAGGACCGGCAGCCCGUCCCAGUUACCCAACAGCCCUGCAUGUGUGUCAGCCGCACACUCGACCAGGACCGGCAGCCCGUCCCAGUUACCCAACAGCCCUGCGUGUGUCAGCCGCACACUCGACCAGGACCGGCAGCCCGUCCCAGUUACCCAACAGCCCUGCAUGUGUCAGCCAUCAACUAUGGCCGGCGUGACGACGUCCUCCUGCUCUUAGGUGUCCUGGAAAGAACGGUGGAGGGGGAGGCCAGCGCCCUCACGAAGGCGAAAUCCCUCUACAAGUCCUGCACCAAUGAGAGUUUAAUUGAGCUUAGAGGAGGGGCUCCAUUGUUACGUAUGCUACCGGACAUGUCCGAGUGGCCCAUUGCUGUGGACAACUGGGAGGCCACCUAUGGUAAGAUGUGGAGGUUUGAAGAUGCUAUCGCUAAACUGAAUCAAAAAUAUGGGACUCAAGUCUUGGUUAACUUUUUUGUUGGCACCGAUGACAGGGACUCCAAUUCUCACAUCAUUCAUUUCGACCAGCAGACUAGCCUCGGCCUUCUGUCCAGAGAUUACUAUGCCUGCACUGGACCCUAUGCAGAGGCAUGUCGGGCCUAUGAGCAGUUCAUGGUUGACCUGGCUAAGCUGAUCCGGUCAGACCGGCAUCUGGACGUCAACGAGACCGUCAUCAGGGAUCAGGUGACCAGGGUCAUGGAGCUAGAGAGAGACAUCGCCAAUGCUACUGACACACCUGAGGACCGUAACAACCCUGUGCUGCUUUAUAACAAAAUGGAGCUGGGUGAUCUCAAUGGCAAUUUCACCCUGGAGCUCGAGUCAAAGGUGUUUGACUGGAGUUACUUCACGGGUAGGAUCAUGGGCACGGUCAACAUCACCAUUCCUGAUACAGAGAAGAUCAUAAACUACUCUCCAAAUUACUACAGGAAACUCAACCUUGUGCUGGCCAAAUACACCAAGAGGGAUCUGCAGAACUACAUGGUGUGGCGCUUUGCCAUGAACAUGGUGGUCGGCCUGAGUAGAUCGUACAGAAACACCAGGAAAGCCUUCCGGAAAGCUCUAUCUGGAACAACAUCAGAGGCCGCUGUUUGGCGUCAGUGCGCGCUUUAUGUCAACAACAAUAUGGACGAUGCUGUGGGAAGACUGUACGUGGAGGAGGCCUUCUCUGGAGAGAGCAAAGAACUGAUGGAUGAGAUGAUAUCUGAGAUCCGGGAAGUGUUCAUCAGUAACCUGGAUGUCUUGACCUGGAUGGAUACUGAGACCAAGACAGCUGCUGAGGAGAAGGCCCGAGCUAUUCGCGAGAGGAUCGGCUAUUCAGACAACAUCAUGAAUGACGAAUUCCUUAACAAUGAGUACAAAGAUCUGAGCUACAGUGCAGAGGAGUACUUUGAAAACAUCUUGCAGAACUUGGAGUAUUCGCAGAAGAAACGCCUGAGGAAACUCAGGGUGAAAGUCAACAAAGAAGAAUGGGUAACUGGAGCUGCUGUUGUCAACGCUUUCUACUCAUCCAGCAAAAACCAAAUAGUGUUCCCAGCAGGCAUCCUUCAGCCUCCCUUCUUCAGCAAGGGCCAGUCCAAGUCUCUCAACUACGGUGGCAUUGGCAUGGUAAUCGGACACGAGAUCACGCACGGCUUUGAUGACAACGGUCGUAACUAUGAUAAAGAUGGAGACCUGAAGGACUGGUGGACAGCAAGCUCCACACAGAAGUUCCUGGAGCUGUCCAAGUGCAUGGUGAACCAGUAUGCUAACUACACCUGGGACUUGGCCAACGGACUACAUUUAAAUGGAAACAACACCCUAGGAGAGAACAUUGCUGACAACGGAGGGAUACGGCAAGCAUACCAGGCCUACAAGAACUACGUGAACAAACAUGGAGAGGAGCCUCCAUUGCCAGGCAUUGACCUUUCCCACGAUCAGCUGUUCUUCCUUAACUUUGCCCAGGUGUGGUGUGGAACACACCGACCGGAGCAGGCUGUGAACUCCAUUAAAGUUGACGUACACAGUCCGGGGAAGUUCAGGGUACUGGGAUCCCUCCAGAACUUUCCAGAAUUUGCUCAAGCCUUCAGCUGCAGGAAGAACAGCAACAUGGUCCCCAACAACAUCUGCCGUGUCUGGUGAUCUGCAGGCCUGUGGGGACGGGGACAGGGACGGUGUGGGGUUUUUUUUGGGGGGGGGGUCUCCCUGCCCCCAUCCCCCCGACCUCCCCCAUCCCCUCUGCCCCCAGUUUUUCCUGUGACUAUUAGAGCACUAGUGUGGGCUAGAAACGUGGACGCCGUCCGUCCGCCCGCCGUGGACGGACGGUAGAGUGGCACCGCAGCACAUAAUCCUUCAGAAGACUGUGGACUGUACCGCCGGGGACAGACAAGCGCGCCCGUCUCUCCCACCCACCGAUACUGUAGUUCCUUCAGUCAGCCUGAUUUUUCUGCUUUUCGAUGGACACAAUAAGUUCUUCACCACGAGCCGCACAUACAAAUGUGUAUAUUUCCUGCCUGUGUUUUUUUUUUUUUAAAGCUGUGUGCUGUCAACAAGGAGCUUUUCUUUUCUUUUUUCUGAGCUCCCUGUCAAAACAGAAGCGGGUGACAAGGUAGACGACAUGUCGAGGGUGCACAAUCACACCACACACACACACACACACACACCCAUAAUGAAUACAGAUGAACCACUGCACUGUUUAUGAGACUGAGCUCUUUAUAUAGAUAUAUAUAUAUAUUCUUCUUUUGUUUUGGUUUCCGUCUCCAUCUCAUGGCCUUAUGUUGACACACACGUUAAUGUUCACACAGUGUAUACGCGAAUACAUAUUGACGGCAAAUCAGUUACUCGAGGUAAAUUAUGUCUAUAUUUGUUGUGUUAUAUUUAAGUACAUUUGAAUUUAUUUUGCUGAAUAGACCAAUGAGUGAAAGUACACAUCAUAUAAUACUGCUCAGUAUUUAGUGUUACAAGUAAAUUACAGCUUUCAGAAGGGGUGUGCUACUUAUGUCCGAAAGAACACUGCCAAAUACACACAAAAACAUAAAAGAGAGAACGUUUUGCCUUUAACAUGACAGCUGGUCAUACGUGUAAAUCACCGAGCUGACAAUCGACACCGAACACGUGUGUGUGUCUCUUUCUCUCACUGAGCCGUGUGUGCUCCUGUGUGUGUCUGUCUGUACGUUUCUGUUGCAGGUUCAAAUCGCACAACAUGAAGCAAACUGGUUUGCCAUCCAUCAUCCUUUGUGGCACUCUGUGUGUGUGUGUGUGUGUGUGUGUGUGUGUGUGUGUGUGUG